AUGCCAUCGACGGUUAAAUGUGGUGCCGUUGAUAAAAAAAAAGAAAUAAAAACAAAUUUGACGACGAAAAAUAAUGGCGCCGCGAAAAGUGUCAUUAGAUCGACUAGAGCUCAAGAUUUAAGAUCACAAAGCAAUCGUGAUUUAUUAUUAAAACCAAAGACGACAAUUGAAAAAACUCGAAAUUCACAAUCGCCAUACGUAUCAUCGAAUUUAUAUAUGAAAAAGAAAAAAAAUUCUGGAAACAAUACUGGAAAACAAUCGGAAUUCAGUAGCAGUAAUAAUAAUAAUAAAACGAUAACGAACAACAAAUCGAACGUUGUUGUUAAAAAUGUCGUCGCCGCCGUCGUUUCGGAACAAGAAAAAAAAAAAAAAAAAGUGACGACGUCGACGACGAUGGCCGCAAAUGAGAAAAACGUUAAAACCGCACCACCACCACCACCGCCGCCGCACAAGGGAAAAUUAAAAAAAGGAAAACCUUUAACGGCUGGUGAAAAAUUAAGUUUGCAAAGGCAAAAAACCCAAGAAAUAAUUAAUCCGAAAUUCGUUAAGAAAAUCAACGAUGAUAAUAAUGAUAAUAAUAAUUUAAAAUCCAUGUACGUGAGUCCGAACGGUGAUAAUGAAUUUUUUCAAUUGAAAAAAAGUCAAACUUUUUUCAUUUGUAAAGGUGCUAAAAAUUUCGGAGACGGUGGUGGUGGUGGUGGUGGGGAUGGUGAUGAUGAUGAUAAUUUAAAAGAGAAUAAUAAAAUCGAUAGAGUUAACAUCAUGUCCGAAGAAGAUGAGAAUGAUGAUGAUGAUGAUGAUGAUGGUGGAAUAUCACCAAAAUUAAAUCCUUUGACUCAUAACGAUUCGUUUUGUUUAAUUGUUAAAUCGAGUCAAAAUUGGUCACAGAAAAAUAGAUCGGAUGAUGAAAAAUGGCGUCAAUACGAUUUAUCAUCAUCUCACGACGAUGAUGACGAUAACGAUGAUGAUGUUGAUAAGGGAAUAUUGAAAAAUUCAAAUCACAAUUUAAAAUCCGUUGAUUCCCUUGAAAAAAUCGAUUCGGAAAAAAUUGUGAGAUUUUCCGAUGAAAUCCUUAUACCUGUUUCGAUUAAGGAAAAAUACGAAACGGACGUUUUUGGAUUAUCCAAAAGAACAAACAACAGACACCCCCCAAAUAAUAAAAAUUAUACAAACAAUCCUUGCAGUUAUUGA